AUGUCAUCUAAAGAACUAUUGGGGGAUAUUGUGGUUACUUUGGUGAAGAAGACCCGGCGAUCUAUGAGGUCAAACGCCGAAAAGUCGGACCCGUCCACUCAUAAGGACGGCGAUAAAUCCCCAAACCCGGAAUUAGGAACUAAUAUACCACGCCCACCUUCAUACAGGACUGCUGUUACCAAGAAUGAAGAAUUCGCAUCUCCCGAAUGGGUAAAUACCCAGGAGUCCCUUGACGGACCACACAAUCCUCGUAUAGAAGUCACUGAGACUCAGAUACUGGAUAUAGCAACAUCAUGUUUUCCCCCUAUCCCUCACGACGCAGAGUUACCGCCACUACCAAAGCCAGUCUUAAUCCCUCGUGUUGAACCAGGGCUUCACAUCCCAUUUGCACGUGCGUGGGCGCUAGAAUUGGCAAACCACGCUGUCAUCCCAGAAGAUUUAUUAGCAUUUAUCGACAAUCUUAAUGUCCUCAUUAGGCCUCAUAUAGCCGGUCGCGCGGCUCUGGUCACAGCCUUUGCUGUUGGGUUCAUUCCUUACGACGGAACUGAUGGAAUCGCUGCUGCGUUGGAACUGGCAGCGAGUAUUGGAAUGGCUAUCGUAAAUUAUAAGCGCUGCAAGAAGUAUUUCGGCAUCAUGAACGAGAAAUACUUCCAUCCUCGUAAAUUACACAUGAAGAUCAUCAGCCCCAAGCGGAUAAUGAAGAUGUUUAACCUCGACAAGAAAGAGACCUUAUUGGAUCCCCUUACCGAAGAAACUCUCAAUUUAAGCAGUCAGGAAAGAUGCAUUAAGUACAUGUCCAGGUGGGCGUGCGAGCUGUCCUUUGAUAACCUUCCUCCCCCAAACGGGCAGACGACCGUGCUUGCUAGAAUGGCUGCGUGGGAAGUCAAGCAUAAGAUCGCGAAAGCUGAGAAGCAGGCCAAAAGGAGCAGAAAGCGGGCUUGGAAGAGGCAUAUGAAGGGUAAGAAGCUCAAGGAUUGCUGGUUAGAACGUGGUAGGGCUAAAUCUCUCGAUUGGCUUCUGAUUCAAAAUUUGGAUGAGUGGGAAGCGGCGCGGGCCGAGAAGGAGGCUAAAAGGGCGGCCAAAAAGGAGAAGAAGCAGAAAUCUUAG